AUGGCGUCGGUGCGUGUGGAGGAACAUAGUGGCCGCGCGAGUGUGAUGGCACGGGAGCGGGACCGUGGCGGAGGUCCCCAGACUAGCAAGCCAGCUGAAUGUGUAUCCAUUAUGGAAAGUGCGACACUACAUUCGGGCGAGCGGAAUGUGAUUAGAUUAUCAGCGAGAAGAAAGUGCAAGAGAAAACUGCGAGAACCAGCGAUGUGUGUGAUGGAGGCGGAAGAAGCAGAUGGUGGUGGUGGUGGUGGAAGCGAACCAGCGGAAGUAGCCCUUCCGCACCGGCAGUAUCUCUGUGAAAGCCACAGUAAUUCCAUUAAAAGCCCUAAUCACGCGGACAAUAAUGUAUGUACCGAAACGGAGCAGGGCGCCAAUGUGCGGCACCAACGCAACAGCUCUCUCAAGCAACCCCGGAACGGUGGGGCAUCGAAUGGGGACAAUAACAGCAACUACCAUUGCCAGCCGCCUGCGAGCACGGCAACGACGGCGACGACAACUAUGGAAACGACGCCGACGUUAAACUCCCAGCGCAAAGCACAUCAAUCGUUUGGCCUCGCUUCAGCAUCCGCACUAUCAGCAUCAUCAGGAUCAUCAUCAUCAUCAUCAUCAUCUUUACCGUUCAGCCUGCCAAAGAUUCUGAGCAAUGCCAUGGUAACGGUUCGGCUGCCCAGAUUGUUACUUCUAGGCCUACUGCUGUCCCAGCUCGGACACGGUUGCUCCGGGUUCGUACUGGACGGCUCACAGAAUAGCUUUGCACAAUUCCGCAAAUGGUACACCGGGCUCAAUGGGUCGCUGGAGCUCGAGUUCAAAACGGAGCAACCGAACGGACUCGUACUCUACACCGACGACGGUGGCACGUUCGAUUUCUUCGAGUUGAAGCUGGUUGAAGGUGCCCUGCGAUUGCGAUAUAAUCUUGGCGGAGGCGCACAAAUCAUUACCGUCGGUAGGGAUCUUCACGAUGGUCACUGGCAUAAGGUUCAGGUAAUGCGCAACGAUGAGCAUACAACCCUGACCGUCGACGGUGUCUCGCAGAGUCGCAGCUCCCGAGGGAAGGAGUUUCUGUUCGGCAAGUUUGCCACCAACUCGGACGUCUUUGUCGGUGGUAUGCCAAACUGGUACAACACCAAGCUAGCCCUGCUAGCGCUGCCCAGUGUCAUCUUCGAGCCGAGGUUCCGGGGCUCGGUGCGUAAUCUGGUCUACUCGGACCAGCCGGGCGUAUCACCACGAAGGCAAGAGAUGCGACAACCGCGAGACAUCAAGUGUGGAGAUUCACCCUGCGAUCUGACGGCGAUGCCACGAGAAAAAGUGACACGGGUGGGUCGUGGGGUGAGAGGGCCGGAACUGCUACCACCACCACCACCACCACCGCCACCACGCACUAUGCACUAUAUCAAACGCAUGCAGUCGCACCACCACACCACCAUGCACCGCCAGUCCCGGCACACGCGCAAACGGCCACCGGAAACGAUGGCCAGGAGUGUCGAUCCGUCCACUUUCACCACCCACCACCGGUGGGUACGGCCACCCACGUCCGGUACGUUUGACUUAGCACAAUACAUCCGUCCCCGCGGGGUCCGCCGUCGCCGCCGCCACUAUGGCCGCCAGCAAUCGGUGCGGGUGUGGAAACGGAACGCACAAUUUGGCGGUAUCUAUCCGCCGAACUACGACCUCGUGCAUCACUGCCUUCGCACACUGCCGUCCGACAGCGACCAGCAACUUCGAACCAACGUUACGGAUGCCUGCGAGCGCCACGACCCAUGCCAGCACGGUGGCAUCUGCAUAUCAACCGAUUCGGGCCCAAUCUGCGAGUGCCGCAACGUGGAGUACGAGGGAACAUACUGCGAGCGAGACAAAGCACCGUCGGAAGCGACGUUCCGUGGAACCGAGUUUCUCUCGUACGAUUUGGGACAGACGGGUGGGGAACCGAUCGUUAGCGCCCAGGAUGCCAUCACGCUAUACUUUCGUACUCGCCAACCGAACGGACUCCUAUUCUACACCGGUCACGGAACUGAUUAUCUGAAUUUGGCCCUUCGCGACGGUGGUGUGUCGCUGACGAUGGGUCUCUCGAACGGGAAGCAAGAGAUGCACAUCAAACCGUCCCGCGUACGCUUCGACGACCAUCAAUGGCACAAAGUUACGGUUCAUCGGCGUAUCCAGGAGAUCUCGUCGAUAACGAGCUUCUGUCGGCUGGUCGCCGUGGUGGACGAUGUGUACACGGACCAUUCGCACAUCGCCGGCAAGUUCACCAUGCUCUCGUCGUCCCGGGUGUACGUGGGCGGUGCAGUAAAUCCCCGGGCACUUCUGGGCGCACGUGUGCACAACAAUUUCGUCGGAUGCCUGCGUAAGGUCGAAUUCUCUGCCGAUACACUGCGACUCAAUCUGAUCGAUUUGGCGCGCACCGGAUCAAAGCUGAUACAGGUGGCUGGACGGGUUGAUUAUACGUGUCCAUCCGGAGAUCCGCAGGAUCCGGUUACCUUCACCACACGGGAAUCAUAUCUCCUACUUCCACCGUGGGACGCAUCGAAGCAGGGCAUACUGUCGUUUAAAUUUCGCACAAACGAGCCAAAUGGAUUAAUAAUCCUCAACACAAUGACCCGUGCACCGAAGAGUAACUUCUUCGCGGUGGAGUUGCUGAACGGGCACAUCUACAUCCACAUGGAUCUUGGGUCCGGUGCGGUGAAGGUGCGUGCAUCAAGGCGUCGUGUUGAUGAUGGCGUUUGGCACGAGCUGUCGCUGCGUCGGAAUGGCCGCGACGGGAAGGUCGGGGUCGAUGGGCAGUGGAACGAGUUCCGGACGCCGGGUGAAGCGUCCCAGAUGCAGCUGGACAGUCCCAUGUACAUCGGUGGCAUCGGGCCGCCGUACGCUGAGAUCUACAUUCCACCGGCCAUUUGGACAGCGACGCUGCGUCAGGGAUUCGUUGGCUGUUUGCGGGACCUUACGCUGUCCGGCAAACCGGUCGAUAUUGCCCACAUCGCACGGCAACAGGAUUCAGGUGCAAUCAAACCGUCGUGUCAUGUGAUAGCGAACCAGUGCGGUGGACAGGUGUCACCCUGUCAGAACGGUGGCCAAUGUACCGAGGGCUGGAAUCGACCGCUCUGCGACUGUUCGGCGACGCUAUUCACCGGACCGACCUGUGGCCGUGAAUCGGCCACGCUAGCCUUCAACGGAUCGCAGCACAUGGCCGUGUGGAUCGGUGGCACCCAGGGCAGCCGGACGCAAACGGAGGAGCUGGUCAUACGCUUCAAGACAUCACGGCCGGCCGGACUGCUGCUGCUCACCAGCGCCGAAUCCAGCUCAUCCGAUCGGCUCGAAAUCGGGCUGGUUGCUGGCCGUGUACGGGCCAACGUACGGCUUGGAGAUCGCGAAAAGAACUUACUCGCCGGUCUGACCGUCCUAAACGACAACAACUGGCACACGGUGAGAUUUUCUCGCCGUGCGUCGAAUCUGCGGCUGCAAGUUGACGGGACACAGCCCGUCAGGGGUAUGUUAUCUGAAGCAAUACUUGGCCGGCACAGUACGCUGGAGGUUAAAUCCAUACAUCUGGGCGGACUGUUCCAUGAGGAGGAAGAAAUCCAAAUCACGGCCGCGAUGCCGAACUUUGUCGGUCAGCUGCAAGGCUUCGUCUACAACGGCCAUCGCUAUAUCGAUCUGGUGAAGUCUCUCGGACCGGAACUUUCCUCCCUGCCGACGACCACCUUCAAGCUGACGGCACGGUUCGUAAACUCGCCUCCGGGAUCGCCGUAUCUUCCGGCCACCUUCCGGUCGAAGCACUCGUACGUCGGUUUACCAAUCCUGAAGGCGUACUCGUCGGUUUUUAUCGAUUUCCGCUUCAAAACACUCGAACCGAACGGACUCCUCUUCUACAACGGCGGCAAACGGUCCGACUUCGUGGCGGUGGAGCUCGUCAACGGACACAUCCACUACGUGUUCGAUCUGGGCGAUGGGCCGAUCACGCUGCGCGACAAGGCCCGCAUACACAUGAACGAUAACAGGUGGCACUCGGUCAGUAUACGUCGGCCCGGGCCGAAAACGCACACGCUUGCCGUGGACGAGUCGAUCGAGAUAUACACAGCCAGCGGCAAUAACAUGCACCUCGAGCUGGAAGGCAUCCUGUACGUCGGCGGUGUCUUUAAGGAUAUGUACACGCGACUACCCUCGAGCAUUGCGUCCCGGUCCGGGUUUGAGGGAUGCAUUGCGUCGGUGGAUCUUGCCGACACAUCGCCCAGCCUGACGGAGGAUGCCGUCGUGCCGAGUUCGUUGGUGGUGUCGGGUUGCGAAGGACCUACCAAAUGUAGCCAGAAUGCGUGCGCCAACCGGGGCGUCUGUGUGCAGCAGUGGAAUGCGUAUGCGUGCGAAUGUGACAUGACUUCCUUCACUGGUCCUACGUGCUACGAUGAAUCCAUUUCCUACGAGUUCGGUAACAACAAAGGCCUCAUACAGUACAACUUUCCACCGGGUCGGCAACCAGACACCGAGGAGGACAGCAUAGCGCUCGGGUUCGUUACGACCAAAUCGGAUGCCGUGCUAUUACGCAUCGAAAGCUCCACAACGCAGGAUUACAUCGAGAUGGAGAUCGUGGAAGGAAAUGUCUUUACCGUGUACAAUGUUGGCACGCAAGAUCUCCCGCUGGGCGAGGUGGCCGUCAAGGUAAACGACAACAACUACCACAUUGUGCGGUUCACACGGACCGGAGCGAACGCAACGCUGCAGAUCGACGACUACAACGUCCAGACGGUCUCAUCGAUCGGACACCAAUCGACCGUGUUUACAUCGAUGGCCAACAUACAGGUCGGCGGCAAGAUCGCACGCAACGGACGUUCACGGAUCGAGCGACCCUUCAGCGGUGUGAUCGCCGGCCUGUCCGUCAAUCGGCUGCGCGUUCUCGAUCUGGCGGCGGAGCGCGAUCCGCACAUCAACGUUCGGGGCGAUGUACAAUUGGUAACUGGCGUUUUAGAUAGAAAUGACCAAAGAAUGCAGCAGAACUCUUCCGAUCAUUUCAAGACCCCGGCCAGCGGCUACCCAGGCGUGAUGGACGAUCUCAUCUUUAGUGGGGCCGGUUCCGGGUGCCGCGGUGACGACGAGGACGAAUGUACGCCACCGUUCGAGAAUGGUUCGGGCGACGAUCUGAUCACGCCGGUGUACGUACCACCGACCAAGCAAACGGCCACCACCUCCUCGGGUGGCGGUAAGGAUGGUUCGGGAGGGCGUGGACGUGGUAAGGCGGGCGAGAAGCUGUGCGACGAUGAGGACUGUCUGCACGGUUCCGGCAGCGGUGAGGUGACGGAAGUAUUUACAACGUCCACGGCAAGAAGUUCCGAAACGAGCCCCGAGAUGACCUAUACAACGGUCGAUUUUGAUAGGAAAACGGAUGGCACACCGUCGUAUACGACACAACGCCGAACACCGGAUACGUACUCAUCUUCCUCACACACGACCAGCGAGAUGGAUACGACCAGCGGCAUCAGCAGUGGUGGUACUACCGGCAGUUUUGGCAGCAGUAGUGGAAGCUACGGCAGUCCGGUAGACAGCUACGGAACGACGGUUUCGAUGGGCACCACCGGUUCCGGUACGACGGCGGGCACCACCACCACUGGGCGUGUGGUAACGACCUCCACCGGUACGACGGUGGGUCUCAGCACGUACGGCUCAACGACACAGCAGCAACAGCAGCACACACCCUCCGAAACAACCGUCAGCUAUCGCGACCGGGACCGGGAUCACAUUCGCGAGACAACCUACCCCCAAACUCCGACCACGACCGAGGAGGAGAUUGUGGAUGUGCAUCUGCCGACCGAUGAUGAGGACGAUGGCGAAGAGCACCGCACGACCGUACAUCAAACACCGAACGGCCGGCGACCACCGCCCGUGAAGGUGGCGGAACCGCCAAACCCCGAACCGGAGCAACCGUACCAGCCGCACCCGCAACCGUACCCGCCGACGCGGCUGCCCAAGCACAAAGGUGGCCGCAUCAACUCCGAAGCCGAGGAGCGUACCGCAAUGAUCAUCGGGAUCGUGGCGGGUGCGCUGAUCGCCGUCAUUCUCGUCAUUCUGCUGGUGCUGUGGAUCAAAUCGAACGGUGACCGAUCGUACAAGACGGAGCACGACAAGAGCGGACUGUACGGGCAGGGCCCGAGUGCGGCCCUGCUGGGCGGAUCGCAUGGAAACUCGGGCACGCACAAUGCGCACCACUACAACCAACAGGCCCAGCAGGCGAGCCACCAUCAGCCGCAGCAUCAUCAUCAACCGUCCGCGCCACCGCACUACAAUGGCCAUCAUUCGAAUGGCGGCAGCACGCUCCCGUUGAACGGUUCGCUCCGACACCACGGCCCGGGCAAUGGUGCGAUGGGCGUGAGUGGCUCGGGUGGCGGAAUGGGCAUGGGAAGCGGGGGAAACAUGAGCAUGGGCUACGGUGGGUUGAACGGUAGCGGAAGCGAUAAGGGUAGCAUGCAGUCCAGCGGUGGUGGAGGCGGAGUUGCCGGUGGCCCUGGUGGUGGCGGUAUGGGGCAACCGCAGCGUAACAAGAGCCGCAACUCGAAGGAUAUCAAGGAGUGGUACGUGUAA